GUUGUGCUAUUUAACCAUAAUAUAUAUGUGCAGUUCUCAGUUUGGCCGUUAGGGGGCGCGGGCGUGCGGCCGCUUAGUGAUUCAGCGCGGAGCCGUCAGCAGAAGAACAGCGGUGUAAACAGGAUCGGCUCACUGCGCUUCAGACUCAGCUUCAGGUUCAGGCGCAGCCUGAGAGCCUCCCUGAGCAGCCGCCAUGUCUGUGACCGCCGUCCUUCAAAGCAGCACCAGGAAGUGCCUGAUGCUUCACUUCCUGCAGCUCCGAGCUCUGUCAGGCGCUGAGGCCGUCAACGCUCUGCGACCCUUUUACUUAGCCGUUCACCCAGACUUCUUUGGUCAGCACCCUAGAGAGAGGGAAGUGAAUGAGAACUCCCUGAAAAGACUAAACGGGUACCUGGAGACCCUACAGAAGUCCGGCUCCCGCUACAUCGAGCCCACCAAGCUAACUUUCUACAUGAGGGACACCAAGGACAGCAGCAGCACACAGACGGAGUCUCUGUCCUCAGGUUUCCGGAGCGUCAGCUUCACCUUACGCACCAGCGACGUCCUCAGCACGGUGAUGGAGGUUCUGGGGUCCUGCAGCCUGUCUGUGGAGCACAUGCAGGAGCUCAGAGGGUCGGACCAAACCAAAGGUCCCCUUAAAGGAGUGGUGCCGUUCUACAGACCCAUCAAAUGGAACAAAAGCUACUACGCCUUCACAGGUUUCAGAGACCCGGAGCAGGAGCUGGAGCAGGCCAGGAGGGUGGAGCCCGUCCUCAAAGUUUGGCUGAAGAACAACCAGCCCAAGGCGGUGAAGAAGCACAACGCCAGCCUGCCGAGAAGGGAAGAGUUGAGCAGGCUAAAGAGGGAACUGUGUGACAGAUUUGACCUGCUGGACAUCAGAUGGCAGCGCAGCUGGGGCGUGGCUCACAAGUGCAGUCAGCUGCAGAGUCUGACCCGUCUGGCUCAGCAGAGUCCAGACGCCCUCAUCAGCCUGCAAGGACAUACGAUCGUAUUUGCCGACCAGUCGGGAAUGAAUUCUUCCGGACACGUCCUGCUGGGAACCAUGGACGUUCAUCACCAGUGGACCAAACUCUUCAUGCAGCUGCCGAGCUUCCGCGGCCUGCAGCACCAGACCGACUGCCUCAAAGAGAGGAUCAGCUUCCUCCUGGGCGGGGCUCAGGUGGUCCACAUGGAGAGGCUGGGACCGGCGCGGCCCAUCGCCGAACACUACAGAGUGCUCAGCACCUUCCACAAGAAACUGCUGUCCCAGCGGCUCCACCUGCACCCCCGCAGCCUGCAUGGACUGACCAUGGUGCUGGAGAAGUAUGACACCCCCGCCCACCCCUAUAAGUCACUCGACAUUGACCGCUCCACCCCCAGUCUUCAUCAGAUGGGCCACUUUAUCAUCCCCUCCACCUGUGACCCCACCCACCUGCAGCAUUUCCUCCAGAGCCACGCCCCUGAGGCCCGGCAUCUCACCUUACAGACAAACCG